CGGGUGGUUAGUUGAAUUUUUGUUGUUGUGAAAAUGAACGAUUAUUUGUGGGAAUUCGCACAAAAGUUACCGAGUGAAAAUAAGUUUCAAAUAGUUUUGAAAUCAGCAUUAUCCUUGACCGCAAGUGCUAAUGCCGACCUUGGAGAAAGCAAUCAAAAAUGGAUGUGCAGGAAAUGUAAAACUCUAUGGAUGCACGGGUACUUUCAAGUGACCGAAGUGGACGCUACCGAUAAGUUCGAUAGAACUUUGGAAAAGUAUGAGGAUGCACUGGAUUGGUCUAGGAAACAGCGACUUUUUCGUAAAUAUAUGCAAUCUCGUAAAAAAACAACAGCCAAAUAUACGUGCAAUUUAUGUUCGUACAAAACGCGAGUCAACGUCAGAGAAGACGAUUCUAAACGUGCAGCAAAGGUCUCGGGGGCAAAAGCUGAAGCUCGAACUACAAAACCCAUCGCAAAGGCCAAGAAAAACAAACCACUGGAGUCGCGGAAAAAGACUAAGAAACGCAAUGCGAAAUCUGCCAACAAAACGAAUUCGUCGUUUAGCACCAAAAACACCAAUCAACUGCAGGCUUUGGUCAGCAUGCUGAAGCGGAAUUCAGGGACGUCAUCAAGUGCCACACAAGUUCAAGAUCGAUUGAAACUGAUGCUCAAGUGAUUUUUG